CGCAACGGUGCGCAAUGUAAAUAACAGAGAUCCAGGCAUCAGUUUGCAAAUGGCGUCUGUUAUCUGACAGUAAACAGGAUUGCACCAAAGCAACGAUGGAUAGUGAAUAUCAGGAUGCAGAUUCUGAUAUGGACUGCUCGGACAUCGAUAUAGUGGACGACGAUUACUACAAUGAUAAUGAUGAUAAUGAUAUGGAUCAGAUAGAUCCGUUGAUUAGGGAUCCAGAGUACUUUGUGUAUGAUUGCCUCACCGAAGAGCAGGUGGAGAGGCUGCUGAAUGAGAAGGUUGAGCAAUUGAGUAACUACCUCCGAAUAACCCCCUCACUUGCCAAGGUCCUUUUGCAUGGUCACAAAUGGUCUGUUAGUGAAAUAGUCAAUAAGUACAGAGAAAAUGCAAGUGCACUGUUGAUAAACUCUAAAAUCAAGCCAACAUCAGUGGUGCAUUUGCAGGGAACCUCAAGCAAGUACAUUAACUGCCCGGUGUGCACAGUGUCCCAGCAGUGUGACAAGUUCUGCAGCCUGUUAUGUGGACACAAAUUCUGUAGGGAUUGCUGGACCUCACAUUUCGAGGUCCAAAUCAAUCAGGGUAUAUCUACUGGCAUCAGCUGCAUGGCAAGGGACUGCGAGGUUCUGGCUCAUGAAGAUUUUGUUCUUAAGCAUUUAACACAAUCCGAAAUGAGAGAGAAGUAUCAGCAAUUCACAUUUCAGGACUAUGUUAAGUCACAUCCUGAACUGAGGUUCUGUCCAGGCCCCAAUUGCUCAUGUGUGAUUAAAAGUCCUGAAGUUAAAGCAAAACGUUCAGUAUGUGAAUAUUGCAAAACCACAUUCUGCUUUAAAUGUGGUAUGGACUAUCACGCGCCUACGGAUUGUCAGGUAAUACGGAAGUGGUUGACAAAGUGUGCCGACGAUAGCGAAACCGCGAACUACAUAAGCGCUCACACGAAAGACUGUCCAAAGUGCCACAUAUGCAUAGAGAAGAACGGUGGUUGCAAUCACAUGCAAUGUUAUAAAUGUAAGCAUGAUUUCUGCUGGAUGUGCUUAGGUGAUUGGAAAUCACAUGGCUCAGAAUAUUACGAGUGCUCUAGAUAUAAAGAUAAUCCGAACAUCGCCCAUGAGUCAGUUCACGUGCAGGUAAAUGUAUCAGCUAGAGAAGCGCUGAAGAAAUACUUGCACUACUACGAGCGAUGGGAGAACCAUUCGAAGUCACUGAAGCUCGAGGUGGAGACGAUUGAUAAGCUCCGGAAGAGGAUCAAUCAGAAGGUGAUGGCAGGCCUAGGUACUUGGAUCGAUUGGCAGUACUUAUUUGCAGCGGCCAACCUGUUAGCAAAGUGUCGUUACACAUUGCAAUAUACUUAUCCUUACGCGUAUUUUAUGGAAACUGGAUCUCGAAAGCAACUGUUCGAAUACCAGCAGGCUCAGCUCGAGGCUGAAAUUGAGAAUCUAUCUUGGAAGAUUGAACGGGCCGAGACCACCGAUCGUGGUGAUCUCGAGAAUCAGAUGGAUAUUGCAGAAAAACGAAGGACGACUCUUUUAAAAGACUUUUUAGAUGUGUGAUAUAUUUAAUGAUAGGCUUUUAGUUACGUUUCGUUUAUUAACUGAAUCCGUUUGCAACGUAAACAACUUUUAAUUUGUACAUAUCUUAUUUUUAUCACGGUUCUAUUAAAUCUUUUUAUUUUCAAACAAAACACAAUACAAAAACAAAUAUAUAUUACUUAACAAACAAACAAAUCACUGCUGAGCGAUUUUUUUUUGCAAUAGCGGACAGUAUUCAAAUAAGUAUCCUCACAAUAGGUGUCUAUUUCGUUCACUCUCACAUGUUCACGUGAUUUUUGUUGUGUUCCAUACAUAUAUUUAUACAUAUAAUAUUCCAAACUAUGUACA